AUGUCAACACCCAAAAUUCAUCGCCCAGGCACACUCCGCCUGCUCUCACUCUUCGCAACACUAUUGUUCAAUGCUACAGCUAUUCACGCCCAGGGAUACAUCCCGAGCCCAACCUACCAGCCUGCCAGUGUCUUCAUCGAGGGGCAAGCAAUGUGGGUGAUGGGAGGACGCACAAUAUCGACGGACAGCUUGGUCCCCCAGAUGUUCUCGCUCGAUCUAUCUGCUUCAUGGAGCACAACCAGCCCAUCCUACAAGCACCUUCCAGACGGAUAUGCUGAGAGGGGCAUUGCUAGCACCCUCACCAAAGAUAAUCAGAAUUGGUUCUUGAUCUCCAACCAGACAAUGUACCUCUACAACUUCGCGGCUUCAAACUGGGCCACCCUGGAGAACGACAGUCACAUCACCAGUUCGAACGGCAUUGGUGCUGCAACCGAUCCAGAAACUGGAAAGAUUUACAUCCCCAAUGGAUAUUUUGACUCUGCAGGAGUCCGAUACGAACUCGUGUAUGAUCCAUCGUACAGGAAUUCGAUUUCCUCGACUAGUCUUCCACAGGGUCUCGCAAGGUCGUUCCUCUACUCUAUCGCUUGGUCCACCUCGUUAAAGGGCGCGCUCAUGUUCGGCGGCUUCGACUACGCUACCAAUACCACAAGCAACGACCUGUAUCUUUACAGCCCAACGAACGGAUGGAAGCUACAGACGGCAACAGGAAGCAUACCUUCGCCUCGCCGAGCCGCCUGUUUCGUUCCGGCGUACUCUGGCUCAAAAAUGAUCCUAUUCGGAGGGGACAGCAACGUGGGUUCCACUACGGAUGAUGGCCCGGCGUAUGGUGACAUCUACGUUUUGGAUGUAGUUACUAUGACCUGGACCCGAGGAGCCGAUGCCGAUCUGGUGAGCGCGCGUGUUGGCCAUGCCUGCGCUGUUUCGGGAGACUACUUCAUCGCCUGGGGCGGGUUUAACAAUGGAAACCAAGAUGGUAGUGUCCCCAAUGUCAUCACUGUUUACAAUCUGAAAUCAGGAACCUGGACAACCGACUACGUCUACUCUCCUCCAAGUGGCAGCAAAUCUAAUCUGGCGGUCAUCAUUGGCGCCAGCGUCAGUGGUUUAGUCCUUCUCAUCUUGGCCGCUGUCCUGAUCCUGAGGUGGAGGAGAUCAAAGGAACCUUAUGUCCCUGCGCCAAUUCCUCUGAACGAUCCCAAGCCCAUCACAUUUGCAGCACCCAGGGCACAAUCUACCCAGGUUCAACAUCCAUAUCAGUAUAUCUCGGUACAAUCGCAAUCACAACUACAAUCAGCAUCUGCGGACACUUCGUAUUAUACUGAACCUCAGUCGCAUACACCCCAACCGCACACGCGUCAAUUUUAUUCGCCUUCCGCGAACUAA